CGAAGUGGAAAAGGUUGAGAAUUCCUGUCUGCUACUCACCGCAGUGCACCGUAAAUACUGUGUAAUGCGCAAUAUUGCGUCGUAACAAACUCACCGGUAUCUUGGAGCGCGUGAAUUCAGCUGUAUUUACGGUACCGGAAAUUCUGACCUCAGUUAAGCAGCUGGUGAUAUGCUAAGGACGUGGUUUGUUCCGGUAAAAAGCUGACUGCUGGAUUAAGGAUAGUUCAUUUUAAGAACUCAUACAGUUUUUAAAUGAGAAGAAAAUACGUUUUUACUAUGUGACUACUUUUUACUUAAUUUUAUAAGAACAAAUCCACGUUGUUGUUUAAGCCGAACAACUUGCUAGGUUUGUGGAUGUCCUUGUCUGCUCUGUCGAUGGAAAACACAAUGCAGGCCUAAAGACUGAUAACGUUAGCAACAGUCUGCUAGCCUGCAGCUAAUUGGGAGUUAAAUUGAUGACAGGGCCUAUUUUCGACGCUGUGCUGAAACAAUUUACGUGAUGUCGUCCCAGCUGCAGCUGUUCCCCCCUCCCUCCGUCUCCUCCAGUGCCUUCUGCCGGGUGAAGAAACUGAAGGUGGAGAACUGUGUGUGGGACGUGUCCUCCUCAGAGGCCUACGGCAGUGUGGGGGGCCAGGCGGGGUAUGCCUUCCCCCCUGGUGGACCCCCCUUCGCCCCUUCCGCCCUGGUGUUUCCCCCCGCCCCUCCAGGGUCACGGGGCCAGGUGGCGGUCCGGGCAGCCGACAGCACCGGGAGCCUCCCCAGGGGGGCCAGCAGGCGCGUUGCCGUUGGCGACCACCACUACAACACACACUCGUCCCACGCGGAGGCCCGCGGGCCCCGGCAGGGGCAGAAAAGGAGGAACGAGGAGCCCCCAGAGGGGGGGAGGGGCAGCGGGAGCGUGCAGAUCCUGGAGGAGCUUUCAGCCCCGCCUUUCUCCACCCGUGGGGGGGGCGGGGGGGGCACCGGGCAGUCGGUCCCCCACUCGGCCACCAAGAGCAGCAGCUCCAGCGGGGAGGGGGACUACCAGCUGGUGCAGCACGAGGUGCUGGGGUCCCCGGCCUGCAGCUACGAGGUGCUGGAGUUCCUGGGCAGGGGGACCUUUGGCCAGGUGGCCAAGUGCUGGAAGAGAGGAACCAAUGAGAUCGUGGCCAUCAAGAUCCUGAAGAACCACCCCUCCUACGCCCGGCAAGGGCAGAUCGAGGUGGGUAUCCUGAACCGGCUGAGCGCGGAGAACGCUGACGAGUUUAACUUUGUGCGUUCGUACGAGUGCUUCCAGCACAAAGGCCACACCUGCCUGGUGUUUGAGAUGCUGGAACAGAACCUGUAUGACUUCCUGAAACACAGCAAGUUCAGCCCUCUUCCUCUCAGGAACAUCAGACCCAUCCUACAGCAGGUGGCCACAGCCCUGAUGAAGCUGAAGAGCCUGGGCCUGAUCCACGCAGACCUGAAGCCAGAGAACAUCAUGCUGGUGGACCCCCUCAGACAGCCCUACAGGGUCAAGGUCAUAGACUUCGGCUCGGCCAGCCACGUGUCCAAGGCUGUCUGUUCCACCUACCUGCAGUCGCGAUACUACAGAGCUCCAGAGAUCAUCCUGGGUCUGCCGUUCUGUGAGGCCAUCGACAUGUGGUCCCUGGGCUGUGUGAUCGCUGAGCUCUUCCUGGGCUGGCCUCUCUACCCCGGGGCGUCCGAGUACGACCAGAUCCGCUACAUCUCCCAGACCCAGGGGCUUCCUGCUGAGUACUUGCUGAGCGCAGGCACCAAGACCAGGCGCUUCUUCAACAGAGGACCUGACUCCAGCUAUCCUCUGUGGAGGCUCAAGACUCCCUCAGAGCAUGAGGUGGAGAUGGGUAUCAAGUCCAAGGAGGCGAGGAAGUACAUCUUCAACUGCCUGGAUGACAUGAUGCAGGUCAACCUGUCGUCUCACCUGGAAGGGACAGACAUGCUGGCGGAGAAAGCUGACCGACGAGAGUUCAUCGACCUGCUGAAGCGCAUGCUCCGAUUGGACGCCGACAAAAGGAUCACGCCCACUAAGACUCUAGGCCACGCCUUCGUCUCCAUGACGCACCUUCUGGACUUCCCUCACAGCUCCCAUGUGAAGUCCUGCUUCCAGAACAUGGAGGUGUGUAAGCGUCGGAGCUCUUCGUUCGACAGCAGCAAGACCCUCUUCUCCACCAACACCGUGCCAGGCUCCGCCGCCGGCAACCUCACGGUCACCUUCAGCAGCCAGCUCAACCAGCACAACCAGGUGCCUUCUGCGGGGGGAGCUGUUCCGUUGCUGAAUUACCAGCCGGCCCUGUACCAGCAGGCCACCAUCAACAUCCCGGGUCUGGCCCCGCCCAGCGGCCCCCUGCAGGGCCGCCCCGCCCUCUGCAGCCAGGCUCCACCAUUCCAGCAGACCCUCAUCGUCUGUCCCCCAUCCACCCUCCAAGGGCUGCAGGCGUCCAGUAAGGGCUCCAGUUUCCCCGUGAGGAUGGACAGCUCCCUGGGGCCUCAGAACCAGACGGGCCCCUCCUCGCUGCAGAUCCAGCCUGGCGUUCUGGCACAGGGCUCCUGUACGCCCCUGAUGGUGGCCACCCUGCACCCCCCCUCUGUAGCCCCCCAGUACUCCCUGCCCCUGGGGGCCACCGGAGGGGGCCGGGCCCCCCUGCUGGAGCACACGGCCACCGUGCUGCAGGCCUGGCCCACCAGUGCCCAGCAGAUCCUCAUCCCCUCGUCUUGGCAACAGGUUCCGGGCGUGGCUGUCCACGGUGCAGCCGGUCAAUCAGCCUCCGAGUCACACAUGGAGACACUGCUCGCUGACGCUGCGACACAGCACACACACGGCUGGAGGGGAGUGGUCCAGAGCAGAGCCCUGCAGGACAGGAAGAGGGUGAAGGCGGGGCGGGGCGACAGCAGGAGCAGAAAUGUGUCUGCCGCUUUGUUGCUUGGCAACACGGGUGCGACUAAUCAAAGCUGCAGUGCCGCGCUCUCCCAGCCAAUCAUCAUCUCUGACACGCCCAGCCCUGCCCUCAGCAUCAUCACCAUCCACAGCGACACGGACACAGAGGAUGACAGGAAGUUCCACCCUGCCAGCUAUGGUGUGACCCAGCGUGCUAAUGUGAUCAGCUGUGUGACGGUCCACGACUCAGACUCAUCCACGGCCAGCCCCCUCACGCCCCACCCUCGCCUGCCCCCCUCCCACCUACUUCCCUCCUCCGGCCCGGCCCGGUCUCUGGCUGUGGUCGCUCCCUCCCUCAAGACACAGCCCUCCGAGAACCUGGCCUCCUCGGGAUACAUGAAGCCCAAGAGGACAUCCAACCGGCAGCCGUGCAGCUCAGGAGAGGGCGUCGACCGGCUUGCUCCCAGCCAAUCACACCCUCUCAAUCUCAGCCAGGUGCAGCCAGUGGUGUCGUCGUCUCAGGAGCGCUCACUGCGUCGACAGCAGACCUGCCCCCCCACUUCCCACUACAGCUUCCAGGAGGUGCCCCCCCUGGGCUCAGCCCCCGGCCUCUACAGCUACCCGGCCUCGGCCGCGCUGGCCUCGGCCUCGCAGGCCCUGGAGCAGCUGCUGGGCCCGGCCCUGCCCGCCUACCCCGCGCCCCGCCGGGACCCGGGCAGGAAGGAUGGGGGGGGCCUGGUCCCUGCGCUGCCCGCCUUCCAGCACCCGUUCAGCGGGUCGCCCUAUGCCACUCCGCGGGCUGAGGCGUACGGCGCCUACCAGCUCAGCCCCCGCCGCCUGCCCCAAUACCCCUAUCUAUGAGGAGGGGACACACUGUCGGACAUCACUCCCCUCAGGACGGUCAGACAUUCUUGGGGAGGGCGGAGGGGAGGGCGGAGGGGAGGGCGGAGGGGAGGGGGGAGGGAAGGGGGGGGAGUUCUGCUGCGACAGUGAUUUCACUUCCAACCCGUUUUACUGUAUUUUUGGACUUUCAGUCCAAGACUUUUAGUAUGUUUUUAAAAAGCAACGGUAUCCAGGGGAUUAUGUGAUAUUGUACCUUUUUUUUUUUUACCUUAGUCUGCUUGUUUUUAUUCCCUCCAUCUCUGGGCUUGUGAAGGAAGCGUUGUAGUAAAUGUGUCUGACCAUGUGUUGUUUAAGUGAGGAGGCUUUGUGUCAGAGGAACUCCUCUGUCAUGAAGCCUUGAUCCCCACAACCUUUCCAGCGAGCCUGUGGCUAGCACAAGGGGCUAGUAACAUGCCAGCUAACAUGAGAGCCUGUGGCUAGCACAAGGGGCUAGUAACAUGCCAGCUAACAUGAGAGCCUGUGGCUAGCACACGGGGCUAGUAACAUGCCAGCUAACAUGAGAGCCUGUGGCUAGCACAAGGGGCUAGUAACAUGCCAGCUAACAUGAGAGCCUGUGGCUAGCACAGGGGGCUAGCGACAUGCUAGCAAACAUGAGAGCCUGUGGCUAGCACAGGGGGCUAGCGACAUGCUAGCAAACAUGAGAGCCUGUGGCUAGCACAGGGGGCUAGCGACAUGCUAGCUUAGCUAAUAUAAAGAGAGCCCUGAGGCAUUCUGUGUUUUGUUUCUUUAAAUUAUAUAGAAUGGUCUACAGUAAUCCAGCGACAUCUCACUUGUCUCCUUUUUAAUGUCGCUCUCUCUCAUAUAUAUAUAUAUUAUGUUUUUAGUUUUACCACACUUCAUAGUCUAUCUAAUAUUGUGACUAAAUUAUGUCUUUAGUUAUUGUGAGGUGUCACGAAGUAGGAUCAGGGAUGUGGAGGAAUAGUGUUGGGUGCAGUUAGAGGCAAGUGAAAGACAAGCAGAGGAGGAAGGUUUUACACUGUGAUGGAUUUUGUUUUUACUUUUUGAAGCAAAAAAAAAGUAUUAGUUUUGUCACCAUGGUAAUAAUGUAGACAAUGUCGUAACAUCGUCAAACAACACUGACAACUUUUAAUGUUUGUUUCCUUUGUGUUGUGAUUGCUGAAUGUAUUUAUGGAGGUUGGAGGUGCAUUAUCAUACCUCGCUGGCUGGGAUAGAUUUAAGAAACUGAAAAAGAAUUUCAAGGUGUAUUGAAAAUUGGACUGUAGUGUCAGACUGAACCCUGGUUGUGUGCUCUGGCUGUCAGGCAGGAGGACAGCAGCAGCCAGGGACUGUGGAAACACCAUCACUUUUGGGGUUCAGUCAAACAGACUUGUGUUCUUAAAAAAAUGUUGGUCUAUUCUUGUUCCGUCUUGUCUCACUAUAUGCACACAUCAGUCAGGAGGGCUUAAACUGUGGAUCCCCCUGUUUACAACCUGCUAUCAUUGUUUCCCAAUAAAAGAACCAGAAGUCCA